GAAGUCACAGACGCAGCCACUGUACUCGAGUUUUUGGCAUGGGGCCGGCGCAAGGAAGUCCACUUUGCAACUCAUAGUCUAUCGCCCGACAUUAAUUUCAAGGCCUCCAACGGCGCCGACUAUGGCUUCCCAAGCCCUUCCGGAAGACGGCACGGACUGAGAAGUGACGUGAACGAUGCAGCACCCUUGCAUGUAUUACAGACUUUGCUACCCGAUAAGGCCCAGGUGGCUACUCUGGUAGACUACCAUAUCAAGUGCUUGCUCUGGUUCCAUGGCUCGUUUCACGGUCCUACGUUCGCUCGGCAAGUGACAGCGUUCUACGCUGACUACGGCGGCAACAUCUGCCACCCCGAUGUCGACCUUCAAUGGAUCGCACUCCUAUUCGCGGUGUUGACUGGUUGUAUGGCUUGUGGGAACGAAGACCAGCUCUCCGAAUGCGGCUUCCUGCUUGAGGAGCGGGAGCUCUUAUCUAGUAGGUGGUUUCAAGCGGUGACUACAUGCCUGGAUGCAGCUCACUACAUGGCCAACCUCUCCAUCCGCGCUUGCGAAGCGAUUGCUACAAUGACCAUGUCUGCUCACAUACUUGGCUUUUCGAACCAGCAAUCCAUCCUUCUCGCCUCCGCGGCACGCGUUGCCCAAUCCCUGGGUCUGCAUCGUCUUGACGACUCAACUCCGUUGAAUGUAGAGCGAGAAAGUGGUCGACGACUUUGGACUCAACUCUGCUCGCAGGACUGGUUUGGGAUUCCAUUCUCCGACAGCUAUUCCAUCAACCCACUCCACUCGCAUACAGUCCCACCGCUCAACUGCCAUGACACUACGCUUGACGAGCUGCCUCUCACAGAGCCUACUGUUACGACCUACUGCCGCUUUCUCAACGACAUUGCGCAUCUAAUGCCCCGGCUCCACGAUGCAGUCGCACUGUCAAACACAACGUUCACGCGAUAUGAGCAAGUCUUGAAGUACGAUCGCAAAAUGCGCGCAAUUGCUUCAGAUCAAAGACCGGCAUGUCUGCGCAGUGGGCCCGUGAAUCCAUCCUGGCCAAGAUGGGUGGCCUGGGCUCGAAGAGCAGUAGCAGUGACUAGCGCACAUAAGAUCAUCAUGAUCCACAGGAAGUACCUGACACUCAGCUUCACGAACCCGGCGUUUUCUUUUACGCGUGCGACAUGUAUUGCGGCGUCGAAGACGAUAAUGCAUGAGAUUGGGCAGCUGGAAGAAGAUGGACCGACCUUUUGGAUCUAUCACGCAUUCACUGUUGCGGCAUGCAUCACCCUGUGCCUGGAUAUAAUCCACAGGGAGAUUUCCGAUCCAAGAUGCCCUGAACACAGAACCCUCGUCGAAAGUGGCCUUGCAUAUCUCUCUCAGGCGAGUAAUAGCAGAUUGGCAAGCCGUGGGGCCCAAGUCCUGUCAGGACUU